CCUAAACUCAGAAUCCAUCCUAACAUGUUACAAAGGGAGGCACAGGAGUGGUUUAAGGUGGAGUAUGACAUCUCAGUUAAUGAGAGGAUGAUGUACAGGGCUAUGGAUAAGGCCAAAGAUGUUAUUGAAGGAACGGAAAAGGAUCAAUACCUGAGACUUAGAGACUAUCUGAAUGAGAUCAUCAAGGCUAAUCCUGGGUCAAGAGCCAACAUGGGGACAACUCCACAGCAGGAAGGGUUGCCUAGAUUUAGGAACUUGUAUGUAUGUUUGGCUGCUUGCAAGCAAGGAUUUAAAGCAGGGUGCAGACCCUUCAUAGUGUUAGAUGGGACGUUUCUGAAAGGGUACUUUGGAGGGCAGUUACUAACAGCAGUAGGUCAGGACGCUAAUAACCAGCUAUUUCCAAUUGCAUAUGGUGUUGUCGAUGCAGAAACUCAGGAAAAUUGGAGAUUCUUUCUCGAGGAGUUACAUACUGACAUAGGGGACUAUAAUGAGAAUGGCUGGGUGUUCAUGUUCGACCAGCAAAAGGGAUUGAUACCAGCAUUACAGGAUGUGAUGCCAGGUGUAAAGCACAGAUUUUGUUGUAUGCAUAUGUGGAGAAAUAUGAACAAACGAUGGAAGGAUAAGGAGCUUAAGGGAGCAUUCUGGCAAUGUGCAAAAGCAACUACUGAUCAAGAAUUCAAGGAUGCAAUGGCUAAUGUAAAAAGGAUCAAUAAAUAGGCAUGGGAGUAUUUGGAUAAAUU